AUGCUGAAGCAGAGACUGCUCUUGCCGACAUAUCUGCUUUCCAUCGCCUGUGGCCUGUUUCUGCGAUAUUUUGAUGGCCGUUGCUUCAGUGCUUUCAAACAGCAGGGGCCAUUGCGGGCGCUUCGGGAAAAGGCCGGCUUGGAAUUGCGAACAAGGGUUAGCAACCCAAACAUGACGUACACCCCGGAGACCAGAAAACUGCUGGGACGAAUCUCAGCUGCGCGCGAGCGAGGAGACUGGCAGAAGGUGCGAUCUCUCUACCGCAGUUACAGUGGUAUGGAGCUGCCAGUGUUUCACGCAGUGCUUCACGCAGCGUACGGCUGUGGACAGUACAGUGAAGCGGCUGCGACAUAUGAUGAGCUUUGCCAUUUGAACAUCACUUUGGACGGAGCCGCCUUCGCCACCGGCAUCAAGAUUUUUGCGAAGCUGGGAGAUCCUGAGCGUGUUCGUUCCAUCUGGACAGACGCCAUGCAGUCUUGUAAGCUUGAUGAGGUGAUAGCAGCAGCCCGCAUUGAUGCCGCCGCGGCAGAAGGUGACAUAGAGAGCGCCGCGAAAGUUCUGGACCAAAUGAACCGCACCGGCGUAAACAUUAAUAUUGCUCACAUUACUUCUGCGAUACGUGCUUGCUGGGAGGCUCCGGGUUCUGGGCACAACGCUGCUGAGUAUCUCUUCAACUUAUCACUUGCCUUAGACUUGCAGCCGAAUGUGGUCACGUUUACCAGCCUAAUGGGAGCCUAUGCCAGUGCUCCUUUGUCGCGCAUCCUCUGUGCCCGUGAUGUUAUGAAGACGUUGCAAGUUUCGGCCAAUAAAGCUUUUGCGGAGGUUUACUUAAACACUUUGCUCCAAAACACGAAGGAGGAGUGGCAAGAUGUGCGCGCAGUUCAGGCGGUGUGCGCAAAGCUUGCAAAGAAGUCGCCGGAGAGGCUUGCUGUGGCGCGUAGGGCCUUGGCUGAGUUCCGGAAGGACAAAGUGACUCUCACCACACUUUCUGAGACGAUUGAGCGCGCGUUAGAGCUUGAGGAGUUGGAUUAUGAUUGA